UUCCACACAUGGGCCUGUGGAUCACUUGGGCCCUUCCUUCCCCAUCGGAUAAAAUCCCAGCGCCUCGCCUUGCGGCGGAGACGAACCGGACCGGCGGCAGCUGAAGCCUGAGAGCGCCACGACGAUGAUGGCCGCAGCGAGAAUGGCCUUCGCAUCAAGCUGUCGCGUCCACCUCCUCCUCCCUUCCUCGCCUUCAACUCCCAUCCUCGCCAGGACCCGAGUUGGCUGCAGGGGCAUAGCCAAAUCCAUCUCGUUCUUGGCACCGCUAUCGGCUGCGAGAUCCGCCGCCCUCUUCUUCUCUUGCUCCUCGCCUUCCUCCGACGCCGUCGUCGCACCGGCCCCUACGCAGGCGGCUGUAGAGGAGAAGAAGCCGGCGCCCGCGGCUGGGGAGGAGGAGAAAGGCGAGGUUCCGGUGGGCGAGCUCGCUGGCCUCCUGGACAUCCGGGUGGGGCGGAUCGUGAAGGCGUGGCUGCACCCGGAGGCGGAUACUCUGUACGUGGAGGAGGUCGACGUCGGCGAGGAGCAGCCGCGCACCAUCUGCAGCGGCCUCGUCAAGUACUUACCCCUCGACCAACUCCAGGACAGCAAUGUCAUUGUUCUUGCUAACCUGAAACCAAGAAGCAUGCGCGGCAUCAAGUCUAAUGGCAUGCUUAUGUGUGCCUCUGAUGCUUCUCACGAGAAUGUUGAGUUGCUCGCCCCUCCAGAAGGUUCUGUUCCCGGUGAAAGGGUAUGGUUUGGAUCUGAAGAUGAAAAGAGUAUUCAAUCAGAACCUGCAACAGGAAACCAGGUUCAAAAGAAAAAGAUUUGGGAAUCUGUUCAGCCUCACCUUAAGACAACGGAUAACUGCGUAGCAGUUCUUGGUGAGCAACCAAUGCGCACCUCAGCAGGCAUGGUUUUCUGCAAAUCAUUGCAGGGUGCAAGCGUGUCAUAAUACUGAUUGAAGAGAUUAUUUCUUCUUCCUUUUUGGCUGUAUCCAUAUAAUGUAUUUCCCUGAAAUUAAUUAUAGUAGGAGUGAAAUCUUUAAUGAAAAGAUUGCUUCUGAGGAUAUUUUAUUGAUAGUAACCACAUUUUAUA